AGGAAAUAUCUCUCAUUUUCUCUUCACCCUCCAAAAAAUUAUGGCUUCUUUCAACCAUUUCUUUUUUUUCUUUGAUUCUAUCCUUUCUCUCAUAGGGUCCUUCAAAGCUUGAAGGACCCUCUCUUUGUUUCCUUUUCAAAGCUUUUAGCUUUGCCUUCUACAUUUCAAGGCAAAGUUAUAUUGUCCCAAGUUUUGAUCUUGGUGUUUUACAUUUUAUAUUUAGAGAGUGUAAAAAUCGUUCCUUGAUCAAUUUCGAGGAGAAGUUGUAUUAUUAUUAUUAUAUAGAGAGAGAGGGCAAUUGUUUCUUGAUCAAAGUGUGGUUGUUUAAUAAGAAAAUAAGAAAAAGAAAUGAAUUGCUUUUCGUGCUUUCAAUCGCAGAAAAGCAAGAAAUCAUUUAGCAAGAGAGAGCACGGUUCUCCUUCUAGUCCUAGAGAAGCUACUGAUUCAAAAUCACCUGAGAAUAAGAAGCAAAAACCUGGAGAGGAAGGAGAAGAACCCAACGUUGAUAAUGAAAAUAUUGCAGCACAAGCAUUCAACUUUCGGGAGAUAUGUACUGCAACAAAGAACUUCCGUCAGGAAUGUCUGUUAGGUGAAGGGGGAUUUGGAAGAGUUUUUAAAGGCACAUUAGCCUCAACAGGACAGGUUGUAGCUGUAAAACAACUUGACAGGAGUGGACUACAAGAGAACAAGGAAUUUCUCGUUGAGGUUCUUAUGUUAAGUCUUUUACACCAUCCAAAUCUUGUUGAACUUGUCGGAUACUGUGCUGAUGGAGAUCAGAGGGUUUUGGUUUAUGAGUUUAUAAAUGGAGGUUCUUUACAACAGCAUCUCCUUGAGUUAGCUUCAGAAACGAAGCCGUUAGAUUGGUUUACCAGAAUGAAGAUAGCAUUUGGUGCUGCUCAAGGUUUAGAGUACUUGCAUGAUAAGGCAAAUCCUCCUGUUAUAUAUGGAGAUAUGAAACCAUCAAACAUCUUGUUGGAUGAAGAAUAUAACCCAAAGCUUUCCGAUUUCGGACUCGUUAAGCUUGGCCCUUCUGGAGACAAGAUGAAUGUACCAUCUAGGCUGAUGGGAACUUAUGGUUAUAGUGCUCCAGAAUAUUCAAGAGGUGGUGAACUAACAUUGAAGUCAGAUGUAUACAGUUUUGGUGUUAUUUUGCUAGAGCUCAUCACUGGAAGGAAAGCCAUAGACACAACGAAACCGAUCGAUGAGCAAAAUUUAGUUGCUUGGGCACAACCCAUAUUUCGGGAUCCAAAAAGGUUUCCUGAUAUGGCAGAUCCACUUCUUAAGAAGAGAUUCCCAGAAAAAGAUUUAAAUCAGGCAGUUGCAAUUGCAGCAAUGUGUCUGCAAGAGGAAGCAGGAGCUCGUCCCUUGAUGAGUGAUGUUGUAACAACUUUAAGUUUUCUUUCUACGUCUUCGGAUGGAAGCAUUCCUUCUCCUCCAAGUCCUUCAACUCCACCUUCAGAGGAAGUAAUUAAUCAUGAGCAAAAAAAACAAGAAGGUGAAGAAAGUUCAUCAGAUGACGAUGACAAGAGUAGCCGGUCAUCAUCAUCAUCAGAUGAUGAUGAUCAUAAAGAAGAUGCUGUUUCUUCAAGCCAUAAGAGCAGCAGAAGAAUGCGAAAUAAAAAUGGUUCUUCAAGCCGCAAGACUGGCAGUGAAUCAAAUUAUGGAAGUGUUACUUCAGGGCAUUUGAGCAGAAGAAACUCGAAGGAUUCUGAUGAAGAAGAAGAAGAAGGAGAAGAGGAGGAAGAAGAAGAAGAAGAAGAAGAAAAAGAAAAAGAUGAAGAAGAAGAAUAGCAUUGAUUCACGCAAUAGAAAUGGAUCAUUUUAGCAUUUCAUCUAUCUAUAAGAGUAGCAGGGAAUUAAAAAUGGAAAGUGUUCUUUAUAGAUCACACCAAUAGCGGGAGAUCAGAGGAGGAACUUUUUUAUUCAUCAAGAUGAUCUCAAUCAGAUCACCAUAACAUCAUCUUCUGCACAUAAACAAAUGAGUCCCUAGCAUAAUUUUUAGGGUGGGAGUUGAAAGAAAAUAUUCUUUUUUGUGGGGGAAAGACUACAGGCGAAAGAUAGAUUUCCAUGGAGGUUCCUUUUCUCUUAAUUAGCUUUUUAUGUAUGUUUAAUUUCAAAACUUUUCGUGUUUUUAAUAUAUGAAACCUCUGUCCAUAUUGAACUGAAGAUGACAUUAUAUUCUUUC